CACGUGGCCUAUGCCCGAAGUUACUUUCGCCCGUUGGGCUGAAAGUAUAUAACAUCCAGGUCAAAACAACUCCCCCUUGGGUCUUUACGACGUGAGGACGGGUGUCGACAUCAUCGUCACAAGUCCGCUGCAUAUACCAACCGCUCGUCAGGAUGCUCAACAUCUUUCAAAGAAACCCCGUGGAGCUGUGCUCCGUCCUACUCCUACUCGCCGGACUCGGUCAGGCUAGUCCUGUGGACCUCGAGUCGCGACAAAUCAAGCCCUCUUCUGGCAAGAGGAAUCUCACACUGUCUGACACGAUCAUCUACGAUCUCGACAACCCGAAGAUCUCCUACCCUACCGUGACUUCGAACCAUCAGAUCAGUGUGACCUCGAGCAUCUACAUCGUCGAUGGAGAUAAUACUUCUAACAAGACCAUUGCGGAAUACAAAGCUGCCGGCAAGACCGUCAUGUGUUACUUCUCGGCCGGAUCCUUUGAGCCUUUCCGUGACGAUGCCGCCCUGUUCAAGUCGGACUGUUUCUGCGGCAAAGGAUCCACCUACAACGCCAAGACCGAGAAAUGUUCGUCCAACAAGAACAAGAUGGAUGGAUGGGACGAGUACUGGUUGGACCUCCGUACUCCCGCUUGUCUGACCAACAUCAAGGCGAUCCAGGAGGCGAGGAUGAGAAAGUUCCAGCAGAAGGGUUGUGAUGGGGUCGAUCCGGACAACGUUGACAGUUACAUCAACAGCCAGAAGUACGGCACGACCAAGGCGAACCAAGCGGCUUACCUUACCUGGCUGUCUCAGACCGCUCGGGGUCUAGGUCUCUAUAUCGAUUUGAAGAAUUCGGGAGACAUCUUGGAGGAUUACCCUCAGAUCGUCGAGAUGUUCGACUUCAGCGUCAUCGAGUCUUGCUACGUUUGGGAGGAGUGCGACGUCUACAAGCCCUUCCUGGACGCCAAGAAACCCCAGAUCCGGGUUGAAUAUGGGUCGGACUUUUCGAGUUGCAACGGUCUGGAUCUUUCUCCCGGCGUCUCUUUCGCCCAGUAUGACCAGGAUUCGUUGGACACCAAGACCAUCAACCUAGCUUGCUCUGGCGGUGCACCCAAGUAAAGAUUGCUCGUCAAUCGCUAGCGAAUGCUCAGAUUCUAGGAGAUCAGCAGCCCCGGUGGCUCUGACUGCCCCUCACCAUUUAGUAUAUUCAAAGAGGCGCAUGAUACGAUUGAACAAACUUUAGCGGCCACAAGAUUGCGAUGAAGCUCGAACGACCGCUCUCUGGAGCUUUCUCCUGCCACUCUCUCACUCUCGCGUGCCUUGCCGACUCGCAGUAGCCCUGAGUUUCCAUGAUCCAUGUAGACAAUUCUUGUACUCGUAGCUUGUGGCUUGUUUACAAAGUGGUCCCGACGCCGGUGAUGACGAAAACGCAUCGGGGAUGGGGGACAGUGAGUGUGACGUAAGAG